AUGAGUUUAAAAAUAGUUGAGACAUUGGAGAAUUUAAUUAAAACAAUUCCUGAAGUUCAUUCAAUUUUAAUUUUGGAUUCUGAUGGAGUUCCUAUAGUUAGUGCUGGAGAAGAAAUACGAAAUAGAAGUCAAUAUUCUGCUUCAUACAAUACUUUGGUGGAACAGUCAAGAAAGCUUGGGAUGGGGACACAAAAAUAUUGGAUUUUUCGUUAUGAAAUGAGCCAGGUUGUUCUUCUAAGUAUUGACCAAUUUGCCGUUUUUGUUAUGGCUUCUUCAAAUGCAAAUACUGGAAUUUUGUGUGCUUUACCUACACAAUUAAAAUCUGUAUUGGAUGAAUGUUCACAAAUUGUAAAGGAAGUAGCAAAUGGACAAAUUGCACAAAUUGUUGGACAGAGCCCUCGACAAUCCAAAGCUUAUGGAAGAAUCAAAUUUGCCCGUUAAACGAGAACGUCAAGAAGAGGAUAAUGAACAUGGUGAAGUUUGAAGAAGAAGAGAACCUGCUUUGGCUGUUGAAACGAUUUCUUCUACAACCUCUUCCAAUGGUGCAUUGUCAAGUUAGUGCAUUGGCAAAUUCUAUUGGCUUCUGUUCAGGUUUUGGGGUUGGCUCUUUGGGGUUUCCUUGGGUGAGUGUCCCUUUGGGGUUUCUUUGGUUG